AGGUAUCCCUAGUCCACCCACCAACAAAGUUAUACCAACAUAAUAAAAUGUUAAGAGCUAAUGUGGACACAGUUCCUGUAAACAGCAGAAGUGAGUCAGGCUGUCCCUGUGAUAUGUUUCCCGAUUCCUGUGUGGCUGUCAGUAUUGGGGCCAAUCAUAAUAGCUGAGGCAAUGGUGUGAGCCCUUCCACUUGUUCCUGAGCUUUCCACAAGAAACCCAAGCUCACAUGUGUCGUACUGAGGGGUACUUCCACUUGUCUGUGGAAGAGUUGCAGGAGAAAUCCAACUUGGGGAGAGAGAGAGACUCCAAACAAGACCCUCAAGGCAUCUCAAAGCUCAGACUUUCUGAAACAGGAAGAGUGCAACAAAGGAAGUAACAAAAUCCACAAGAUUAAGAAGAAGGGGGACAGCAGUGUGAUAACAUCCUGAAGGCUGGAAAGUGGAUGUGGUCAUUUCCACUGCAGAUCUAACAGACCUACACCCUGAGCCAGAAACUAGGAGAGCACUGCACUGCAACCAGAUCUCCAGCACUGAGCAGCCAUUGCACCACAUCCUCUAGGUCCGGGGGUGAAGGGGUGCUACUAAAACAGGAGGAUUAGGCAAAAAAAAUGUAUAAGAAACAGAGUCCCUAUACCCCCUCCCUCAUCCCAUGACAUUGGCCAACUCUCCCUUACCGAUCCCAACAAAAAUUUCUUCUCUGGAGAAGAUAAAACACAUGAUCAUAAGAAAGACUUCAAACAACAGGACAUCACUUCUGCAAUCAAGUGGACUUUUUCAAGCACACAGCUGCUAUACCUAUGAAACUCUCAUGGCAAGAGCUAGGACCAGAUUCAUUUAGGACUCUCCCAAUGCCCUGUAGAGGCCCAGCCUAUGCUAGGAGUUCGGACUCUAUGUGGUGGGACACAGACAAGAAGAAACUUUCUAGGUCACUUGAUUCUUUCCAACCCCAAGAUCCUGAAUUUGGAAAUGUCAGUGGUAUUGAGCUACAAGGAUCUGUCCUGUGUAAUCAGAUUGGCUAUGUUCAGCCUCUGGACUAUUCCAAGACCUCAGAAAAGUGGUGUUCUUUAUUGACCUGUUUACAGAAAAGGUAAGAGAGAAUUUGUAAAAGAAUAUGUAAACUCUUGUGAGCCCAGCCCAAUUCCUGGCUUCAUUCCUUGUGACUAAGUGGCAUGGGGAGAACUUGAAGGAAAGAGAGAAGGACAUCUUAGUGGUGGGACAGAAAGUGAAGAAUGAGGAAUUCAUGAGAUCAUUUUGUCCCUGGAUAGAAUAUCUCUAAAUAUAUCCCAUUCCAAAGAGCAUAUUAGGAAAACAGAGGCCCAGAGAGGAAAAGGGAGUUGAUAAUCCCCAUACAUUGAGUGACUGGUGAAGUACAAUUCUUUUGGUAAGUGCUCCAAAGAGUUUGGCAGGUGAGUGAAGGAAUGCAUGAAUAAAUAUCCCAGGGGCCUGUGGACUGUGAGAGAGAACUAAAAAAGAGGAGGAAAUUCGUAUCUAAAAUUGCUUGGAUCAGCAAUUGAGAAUGAAGAUCUGUUAUUUCCACCAGACUUAUGUCCCAAAAGAAUAAAAAUUCAUACAAAUGGAGUAUAGCACGUCUCACAAAAUUGAUUAAAAUGGAUCAGCCACACAUGGUAUAGCCUGAAGUAAACAUGUGAUGUUAAUCUUAAAUGUGAUUCAGAAAAUUAAAUCCAAUUUUGUGAAAUGUCAAACACCUCCAUGGGUAGCCAAAUAUCACAAAGUAGAUUUUGACUAAUUUCUCUGCAUUUUAUUAGAACAAUGUAAAGAGACCCAGAUUGCCAAGGCUGUUCUCCAGCUGCUCAGCAAGGCAAGUUUCCUCACUGGCUUUCUGGCCACUUUAGGCAUCAGAGAAUCAUGAAGUUGGCUUUCUGAGGGAAGAUACACCAUGCAGAGAUCCAAUUGGACUUCUCCUGUGAUGGGGUUCAUUCUCCUGGGCCUCUCAGCCCACCCAAAGCUGGAGAAAACGUUCUUUGUGCUCAUUUUACUGAUGUACCUGGUGAUACUGCUGGGCAAUGGGGUCCUCAUCCUGGUCACUGUGUCUGUCUCCCGCCUGCACACGCCCAUGUACUUCUUCCUGGGGAACCUCUCCUUCUUGGACAUCUGCUAUACAACCUCCUCAGUCCCCCUCAUUCUUGACAGCUUCCUGACCCCCAGGAAAACUGUACCCUUCUCAGCCUGUGCUGUGCAAAUGUUUCUUUCCUUCGCCAUGGGAGCCACAGAGUGUGUGCUUCUGGGCAUGAUGGCAUUUGAUCGCUAUGUGGCCAUUUGUAACCCCCUUAGGUACCCUGUGGUCAUGAGCAAGGCUGUCUACGUGCCCAUGGCUGCCAGCUCCUGGGCAGCUGGAAGCAUGACCGCCAUGGUGCAAACAUCCUUAGCAAUGCGGUUGCCCUUCUGUGGUGACAACGUCAUUAACCACUUCACCUGUGAGAUCUUGGCUGUCCUGAAGUUGGCCUGUGCUGAUAUCUCCAUCAAUGUGAUCAGUAUGGCAGUAGCCAAUGUGAUCUUCCUGGGGGUCCCAGUUCUGUUCAUCUUUAUCUCCUACAUCUUCAUCCUCACCACUAUCCUGAGGAUCCCCUCAGCUGAGGGGAGGAAAAAGGCCUUCUCCACCUGCUCUGCCCAUCUCACAGUUGUGGUCAUCUUCUAUGGGACUAUCCUUUUCAUGUAUGGGAAGCCCAAAUCCAAGAACCCCAAGGCAGACAAGCAGGACCUUUCAGAUAAGCUCAUCUCCCUCUUCUAUGGGGUGGUGACCCCCAUGCUCAACCCCAUCAUCUACAGCCUGAGGAACAAGGACGUGAAGGCUGCUGUGAGGAACCUGGUAUUUCGGAAACACUUCAUCCAGUGAUGGUGGAAGGGUCAUGAUAGAUCUCUAUUAUAUAAUUUCUCUCACCUAAGUGUCUCAGGGGAUAAGAAAAAGGGCCAAUUUCAUCAAGGGUACAUAGACAAAACUAAUGACACAGAAGGCUUUAUAUGAAUAGGAAGCAUUUAAUUGGACUUUUCUACCCCAUUCUAUAAGCAAUUCUACAAAAGUAUAUGCCAUUGGUCAAGCCUUAUAGUUAUCUAUCUCUGUGAUGCAUUACUGAACUUAUUGAUGUCCAGGAAAGUAACUUCUCCAGUUUUAUUUUUAACUGACAAAAAGCUCUAGUCUAGGGGUACCUGGGUGGCUUAGUCGAUUGUCUGAUUUCAUUUCAAUUCGAGUCAUGAUCUCACAGUCUGUGGGUUUGAGCCCUGUGUCAGGCUCUUUGCUGACAGUGUGGAGCCUGCUUGGGAUUCUCUCUCCCUCUCUCUCUGCCCCUCCCCAGCUUGUGGGCUCUCUCUCUCAAAAUAAAUAAACAAACAUUAAAAAAAAAAAAAAGCUCUAAUCAAUAGAUCUGUAAUUCAUUUGCUCCUUGGCCUCUUUCUUGGAACAUAUUUGGAUGGGUCCUUGAUUCAUGUUACCUUUCAACACAUCUUACUCCAUAUUAAACAAAAGUAAUAUUUUUAUCUUUAUCCUCAUUGUUUCUUUCUCCUUAUUUUCAUAUUAAUUCCUCAAAUUGUUUCCUGAAUUGUUCUCUUCCUGUCUCCAUAAUUAACCUCUUAUCCUUAAUCAUAGUCCCUACCAGAAAAUCAUUCACGCUUUUGGAGCAAAGAAGAGGGUGAGUAGGUUGUGGCAAAACUGAUACCAGGGUCAAAGGCUCUGGCCUUUUUUCUUUCCCCUUUUUGAAGAUGUUGUUCACCCCUGGAUUCUGUCCCUGGAUAGCAGUGGCCUCCCAUAGGUCAUCAGAGUGAUUUGGAAACAGAGAUGUAUUUAGGAGAAUCAAAUGAAUUCUAUUAAUUUCCUGACCUAGCUUGACCAACCAUGCAGCCAAGUGACCAUCAUGGCAUGACACUACAUGGCAGUCAGAUGGAGAAGAAGGUGAUGUUCACCAGGAGACAUCUAAGAGUCAUCCGCAUGAUUGGUGAGGAAUUCCAAGCCAGUUCCCAAUAGUCAUCAAUCUAGAAGUCCAGCUAAAAGAAUGAGUGGAAUAGAAAACCUCUGUUAGCUGACAUGAACUUUUAAUCCAAUAGGAAGGAAAUAAACUAACCAUAAAGCAAACAGCCUUUGCUGACAAAGAGUUAUUGCAAAAAGAUAGUUAAGCGCAGUGAAGAAAAGUCUCAGUGGAACUCGGGAGGCUACGGAGUCAAUAAAACAAAAGCAGUUUGCCAAAGAGAAGCUAAAAGAAAAGGUGACUGGGAGAUAAAAACAUGACCCUAGGGGGAAAAAUCCACAUUAUUUAUCAAAUAAAAUUCAGCAGAAAGUAUUUAAAAGUAGAUAAAACAAUGCUUAAAAUGAAUUUUUACAUUAAAAAUAACUUAAAUUUCUCUCCUAGUCUUCAGAGGGAAAAAAAGGGGGGGAGGUUCAGUUAUUCGAGAAAAGAUGAGAGACAUAAAAGAUAGACCGGGGGGAUCCAUUAUGUAAUUCUUGAGGAGAAAACAGAGCAGAUAAAAAGCAAAUAGUAAUUAAGGAGGAGAAAAAACAUUCUGCUGAACAGAUAAAAUUUCAUUCAUAAAAGUUUCAUGAAUCACCAGGUAAGAAUUGUAGCAAAUGACACACCUAUACACAGUCGAUACAAGGAUAAUUUUUGAUUCUCAUCUAUGUUAAAAUAAUUCUAUAGACUUUUCCACAGGAGAAAAGCAUAUUUUCUAACAAGGGAUAGGAAUCUGGCUGCCAUUGGCCUGCUUUUCCGUUACCCUAAAUGUAGAUGCCAGUGGAACAAGGUUUUCUGAGUUCUGACAGAAAUGGGCUGUGAGUCCUGAAUUCUAUGCACCCUGACCAUUGCACAAAUGUAAGACUUGAAAAGACAUUUUUGGCACGUGCACACACAGAAAGCACGUACCCCUAUAAUCUCUUUCUGAAAAAGAAGUUUUAUUUAUAAAGUUCUCCCAACAAAUAGUUUAAAAUAAAUAAUUGAAUGAAUGUGACAGAUAUGGUAUGUAAGACGUUAAUGAUCAAAUGCUUAAGAAUAAUAAAGUCUAAUGAACUCUUGAUACCAAAUUUGCCAAGACAAAUAUAUGAAUUAUUAGAAAACACAUAGAGGGAAACACU